CCUUUCAAUUGGACAACAACGCAUUAGAUCCUUCAGCGGCACUGGACCCGGGUUGUUGUGACAAGUCUGAGGAGCUUUCAUUACGCUUGAACUCCGGGAUAAGACUGCAACACCGCAUCCCAGGAACAGAGGUGCAGAUUGCUAUUGGAUCUGGAUGGCCAGUGAUUUUGGAUAUUAGCAGAGACCGAACAAGGAGAGUGAAAAUGCCUCGGUCCUUCUUGGUGAAGAGUAAGAAGGCGCACAGCUACCACAAGCCUCGGUCCUUAGAAGAUGACUACAGUAGACUUGAUACUAUCUUAGCUCAUAUAUGUGCAGAGAAUAGUAACAUUCUAGAUGACUCGGAUGCCUGGACAGGAGGCGAUGCCAUCCGCGGGUUCUCCCCAGACUCUCACCUAGUGGACACGGCUGACUUCUCCUCCAAGUCCACACUCAGCUGUGGGGACAGUGUGUGCAGUCCAGCUUCAGUUUAUGAAGACUUCUGGCGGCCUCCAUCGCCUUCAGCAUCACCAGUAGAUUCAGAGAAAUCCCUGUCUCCCACGGUGGACGAGACACAACCCUUCCCCGUUGUUCCCUUCCGGCCCUAUGCGUGGAACAGUUACUCUGGUUCGGACAUCCGUCACCUGGUCCAGCAGAGUCUCCAUCACCAGCACCACCACCCCAUGGACUUGAAGAGAAGCCCGGAGGUAGGGUACUACAGCGACCGGGCCAUUGAAACAACCCUCUUUAACAGAAGUCCGGUAGCAGAAAAUGACAGUGAUUACCGGUCCGCUGCCGGUCUGUUCGAGAGAGCCGCCGCCCCCGGGGUAGGGUUGUACUCUGAAGGGAACCUGUACGGGAAAAGCCCAGAAAUCAAGGCUGUGUCUGACUUACCCUGCUCACGGUUCAUUCUGAAUGGUACCUACAAGUGCAUCAAAUGCAGUAAGGCGUUUUCGACUCCCCAUGGGUUGGAGGUCCACGUUCGCAGAUCACACAGUGGCACGAGGCCCUACGCUUGUGAUAUCUGUGGCAAAACCUUCGGACAUGCUGUCAGCCUCGAGCAACAUAAAGCUGUGCACUCUCAGGAAAGAAGCUUUGAUUGCAAAAUAUGCGGUAAAAGCUUCAAAAGGUCGUCGACUCUCUCCACGCAUCUCCUCAUCCACUCUGAUACACGGCCUUACCCAUGCCAGCAUUGCGGGAAGAGGUUCCACCAGAAAUCAGACAUGAAGAAACAUACAUUCAUCCACACAGGUGAGAAGCCGCACAAAUGCCAAGUGUGUGGGAAAGCGUUCAGCCAGAGCUCCAACCUCAUAACGCACAGCCGGAAACACACGGGCUUCAAACCAUUCGGAUGUGACCUCUGCAGCAAGGGAUUCCAGAGAAAAGUCGACUUAAGAAGACACAAAGAGUCACAACAUGGACUAAAACCCUCAAACUAAAAUCAAAUAAAAGAAUGGACACCAAACACUAUAAAACAAAACACUUGUUUUGGAAACCAGAAAUAAGCUACUGUAGCUAUCCAUUCCUCAAAGAUUUCAGACUGUGAUUUACUGGUGGAGAGUUAUAGAGGCUUUUGUGCAGUGUAGGUUUAGACAAAACCGGGUUGAACUAGGGAGGGACACUAUCUGAACCCAAAAUAUUUGUACAAAAUAACCAGAUAGGUAAUAACCCCAAAUAAAGCGCGUUAACAAAAACAACAGACGACCAAUUUCCAACGGACAAUUGGGAAAAUAGACCUUGUCUAAAGAAUGACAGACACUUUGUUUAGUUGGACGCCAUGGAUGCUGGCAUAACAGUCACUACAAUAAGGCUAUGUGAUUUAAUAAACAAUGGUUGUGUAUUUAUUUUGAAAACAAUGUUAUUUUCAUUUUUUUCUUAGAAUUCAAAUAGCACAUUUGUAUUUUAUAUUAAGAAUAUCAACUAUACGGUAUAUCCAGGUGUCAUUUACUACAAUGUCAAACCUUAUUUAUUAAUCAGAUUAUCGUUUAAAUCAAAUAUAAAAACUGCAAUCCAACAGAUUUCGAAAGGUUUUUGUUUCGUUUCUAUGUAGCCUACUGCAUUAUGCUCCAAGCUGCAAAAUCCCGCAAGGCCCAUCUGAAUUAUUUGAAGGACAACCAACGCAAAUAUUCAGAAUUUAUUUUUUUAUUCUAACUCAGCUUAUCUGGAUUCGUUGUAGUAGGCUAGUCUAGACUAUUGGUCCAACUAACAUUGUUACAUUUUAUAGACAGAAUAAACCCCCUUGAAAUGUGUCUUGGAGGGGGACCUGUGAUGAUGUUAAUUUGAGGCAAUUCAUUUUCGUUGAAUUUAAUAGUUUAAUCCUUUAUUAUUAUUAUUAUUAGGGAUAUAUUCAUUCUGUAACGCCGAAGCGUUACAGAUUCAGCGAUAGAAAUGUCAAGUUAAUUUAAAUCAUGCUGUAAAGCUGAACCUCCGCGAUGCGGAUGGAAUAGUAUACUAUAUUUCCACUGUGUGGAUAGUGAUUGUCCUCGUGGUUAACCUUCAGUGAUUUUUCAUAGAAAACAUGUCUCUCCUGUAUUCAUUGAGGGGUAUAAUAUUAACCGAAAAACUUGGCUGAGCACAAAUUGAUAUGAAGUCUCUUAAAACAUACACGAAAAAGCACCUACAGCGGCUUGGUGUAUUCUCCACUCCAUGUAAUAGGUCUGUAUAAAGUGCUUUCUUGCCGUUGGCUUUUUUACUGGAAAUCUGAGAGGUGACCACAAAUUAAGUCGAGUAUCACAAGGAAAGUCUUCAAGUGCCUUCCAACUGGUAGGUUUAUGUUCCCCCAUUAUUAAUUAAUCAAACCAGGUUGUGUUUUCUUCUCGUUUUUAUCUGAACCACCCAGAAGGGCAGUUUUCUAAAGCCAUAGAGUUGAUUGCUUAAUCAUCUAUCUAUCAAAUAAUUUCGUUUAGAAUGAAGAAUUAGAUGCUUAAAAUAUUCGGUUAACUUAUAUAGAAUUUUAAAAUGACAUCCACGAGUAAAUGUAGCUUUUCGUCAUGGUGAAAUAAAUAAAAUAUAAUUUUAUGUGGAAAAACACAUAGGGAAUAGAAACCCAAUUCCACCAUUACCUAGGCUACAGGAUGCUGCUGCGUUUCAUCAGACUUAAGCUCCUAGAAACAUUUGGUUUGUUUUUACCAAGGCAGUAAGGAGUUAUUUGUUUAGACCUCAAACGUUGCCUGAGCAUAUUACACGUUAACAAAAUGGUAUGUAACUUUGGCCACUCCGUAUAAAGCUCAAGUUGGAAACAGGACCGGACAGGAUUGAUUUCCGCAGGUGUAACUAAAGACCCAUCAAAAAGCGUCACAUAGCAUGGCUGGAGGGCAUCGACUGUACACCACCUCUGCCCGAAACACAGCUUGUAAGCGCAAGAGCAGGAAAUGGGGACACAGGUGUAUGUGUGGGCUACUAUUAUCCCUUCCAUUGAGAACAAUACUCAUUAAUUUAUUCAAACAUUUGUAAUGAGCAAUUUGCUAACAUAGAAAUAGGGCAGCUAUAAAAUGAGAGAAUGAACAGCAACAAGAAACUAAACAACUAUACAAGUUACCCGGUUAUAUAAAAUAGAAAGUUAAUCAUAAUCAUGAACUUUAAAAAUAAACCUUCAAUGUAUAUUUACAUUCCUUUAUAGCUAAUGUUCCUAUAGGCCUGACAAACUGUAUAUAUACUCUACAUUUCAAAAGUUUGGGGUCACUUAGAAAUGUCUUUUUUUUUUAAGUGACAUUUUUUGUCCAUUAAAAUAACAUCAAAUAUAUCAGAAAUACAGUGUAGACAUUGUUAAUGUUGUAAAUUACUAUUGCAGCUGGAAACUGCAGAUCUUUAAUGGAAUAUGUACAUAGGCAUACAGGGGCCCAUUAUCAGCAACCAUCACUACUGUUUUCCAAUGGCUUGUUGUGCUAGCAUUUGAAAAGGCUAAUUGAUCAUUAGAAAACCCUUUUGCAAUUAUGUUAGCACAGCUGAAAACUGUUGUUCUGAUUAAA